AUGGCAGAAUCCGCCCCCAGCACAGACAUCAACCAUUCCAUCCUCAACCUCAGCGCCGAUGAGAAGCGCUACUUCAAACAGCUCUUCAAUGAUGCUGACACAGAAAACAUUGGCGUGGUAACUGGUGAAGUAGCCGUCAAAUUCUUUGAGCGCACCAAAGUACCGUCCCCUGUGCUUGGCAUAAUAUGGCAGAUCGCAGACACGGACAACAGAGGUCUCCUUACAUCAGCAGGCUUCUGUAUAGUCCUCAGAUUGAUUGGCCACUAUCAAGCUGGUAGAGAACCAACACAAGAUCUGGCAUUCAAGUCUGCGCCGCUACCAAAGUUCGAUGGCAUGGCACCACCACCUGCCACAGUCCUUCCACCACCACCCCCGAUGCCUAUUGCUAGCAUACAACCGCAAAUGAGUGGCCCAAUACGGGUUCCUCCACUCGCCCCAGAGAAGGCUACAGAGUAUGCAGCACUCUUUGAGAAGUUUGGAACAAAUGGGAUCUUAGCUGGCGAUACAGCGAAGCAGAUAUUUGAAAAGGCUGGGUUAUCGAAUGAAGUGUUGAGCCGGAUAUGGAACCUUGCAGAUACCGAGCAAAGAGGCGCCCUGAGUGUAACGGAGUUCAUUAUCGCCAUGCACCUGUUGGCGUCGAUGAAGUCUGGCCAAAUGAAGGGGAUUCCAAACAACCUCCCCGCAGGCCUUUACGAAGCUGCUUCUCGUAGAGCAAUUCAGCCUGUACCUCCACGCCUUCCCACGGGCUCAUUAGGUCCGUCUGCGAUACCUCGCCAGUUCAGCGGGCAAAGCGCCCAGAGAACGCAAAGUCCACUCGGACGAGCGCCGUACGGCACUCCGCCACAGUCUAAUCAAGCAACUGGUAAUGACUGGAUCAUUACCCCUCAAGAAAAAGCGCCCUACGACAGUCAAUUCAGUAAGCUGGACCGAGAAGGAAAUGGAUAUAUCACAGGGGAACAGGCCGUCAAUUACUUCACCGAUUCUGCUUUACCUGAGGAUACAUUGGCAGCUAUAUGGGAUCUAGCGGACAUCAACUCUGUUGGGCAGCUGAGUCGUGAUGAGUUUGCCGUGGCUAUGCAUCUCAUCCGCCAGCAACGUAAACCAGGGACACCUCUUCCCACAACACUACCAGCAAACUUAAUUCCCCCAAGCAUGCGCAAUCAAACGAGACCACCGGCACGACCCACCGCACCAGCUUUUGAAACAGCAUAUUCAGGUCCUCAGGCUACAAAGUCAGCAGCAGAAGAUCUUUUCGGGCUUGAUUCGUUCUCGUCGGCAGCACCGGCUCCGCAUCAGAUACAACAAUCAACAGGCGGCUCGGGAACCUUCAAUCGGCCGUUCGAAGCUGAUCCGUUCGGAAGCAAGACGUCUUCGCCGACCUCGCCCAAUUUUCAGAACCGGUCUCAGAGAGACUUCAAGCCUUUCAUGCCGACGUCUUCGUUUGGUCAAAGCCUACAAUCCAGACCCACUGUACAGCAGACGAAUUCUCCCCUUUCGCAGUCUCGGGAGCUGCCUCAGCAAGCUUCAGCAAUGGAGGACUUGCUUGGCGAUAAUGACCCAGAAGUGAGCAAGAAACUAACUUCAGAAACCGCUGAGCUUGCCAAUAUGUCGAAUCAGAUUGGUACGCUGCGGACUCAAAUGCAGGAAGUUCAGAACAAGAAGGGCUCGACGGAGAAAGAAUUAGCAGGUGCAGGCACUCAGAAACGAGAUCUCGAAUUGCGACUUUCACAAUUCAGGUCACAGUACGAAAUCGAAGUCAAGAAUGUAAAGACUCUUGAGGAACGCCUCACAGCGUCUCGAAACGAGACAAGGAAAUUACAGUCCGAUCUUGCUCUAAUAGAGGGAACUUACCAAGACUUGCAAAACGACUUCCGCCAAAAGUCGGCGGCAUACGAAGCCGAUCAGCAAGAAAAUGCUAGCCUCAAAGAAAGAAUACGCCAAAUCAAUAACGAAGUCGCUAGCCUUCGUCCGCAGGUGGAGAAGCUGAAGAAUGAUGCUAGACAACAGAAAGGAUUGGUUGCCAUCAAUAAGAAGCAACUCUCUACUAGCGAGCAGGAGCGGGACAAGCUUACAACUGAGGCUUCUGAGUUGACAAAGAUGACAGCGACCUCCCGUAGCCCGUACGCCACUCCAGCGGAAUCGAAUGUGGUCAGUCCUGCUGCUUCCACAGUAAGUCAAAGCACGAAUCCAUUCUUCAGGAAAUCGCCUGCUCCUCCUACGGAGAAUACGAUGUCACCUUCAGGAUUCGCGCGAUCGGACAGUCUAGCAAAUACUCGAGACUUCGACAACAUCUUCGGUACAUCCUCAUCCGCUUCUCAUGCGGCUGCUCCACAAACAUCUUUCAAGGCCGAAACCCAGCCAGGAUCUUCUGUCCGAUCGUCCGAGCCUGAUGUGCCGACUCCUUCUACUUCUCCACCACUUUCUUCGUAUCAUGAGUCGCCAAGGAAUACUGACCCGCCGCCACCGCCAGAAUCAAGGCAAUUCAAUGCAAAUUUGUUACCCCUACGUGAAAGUGUUCCCCGAUCUGAUUCAUUCAGCUCCUCGGUCAAGGUGUCAGCGCCAGCAAGCAGGUAUGAUGACGCGGCUGGAGCAGAUACACCUACAGCUUCUAAUACGCCUGCUGCAGCCAGGAGACCCGAGACUUCUAGAGCAGAAUCAUCCAGCUAUGGUACAGCGCUUUUCAAUCGAAACCAGACGGCGUCCCCGGCAGUCAGCUCGGCAAGCGACAACAACAGGGACAAGGACAACUUUCAGAAUUUUGGACAACCCUCCGCCACUCGUGAUAUUCCGGGCGCCUUCCCCCGCGAUGUAAAUUCGCCGAUUCAACCUGAGCUUACUGGCGAAAGCUCGCAAAGCAAGGGCAGUACGAACCGCAACGAUCCAUUCGCUACCAAGGAACAGGCUCGCGGUCCUGGGUCAUCGAAGAUGGAUUUUGAUUCUGCUUUUGCAGACUUCAAGACUGGUCGUCAAGUUCAGGAACAUGGCGCUCAAAAUAAGUUCAAUAAGGAAUUUCCUCCCAUUGAAGAGUUUGGACAUGAUGAGGAGAGCGACAGCAAUACAUCGCCUCGUGGAGCGCAAGCCAGCAGUUCCAGACCAACUACAAGACCUCCACCUCCAAGGAGCGAGGCUGAUCUUCCGACCCCAAACGCUCAGCAAUCACCACCUACGUAUGAAUCUUCGGUACCUCAAAGAUCUGGAUCGAACCAAUUUCCACCAGAGUUCUCAGGCCUCCUUCCGUCUCGUGGAGACCCGACGUCCCAAUCUGGAACAAGCGGAGGUCAAGGACACAAUCUGUUUGGAGGUGCGCCCUCGUCCAGUAAACCAUCGGCCCCAAACACGACAUUUUCUGUAUCGCCGCCACCGAACGACACGCCGACAUCGACCGUUCCAUCAGAUGCAUAUCAUUCUGCGGUAUCUCAUCCCAACAGCGGUAGCGAGCCAGCUCCGACCCAAGUCGGAAAGACCUCCUUUGGCGAUGAUUUCGACAACGGAUUUGAUGACCUGAGCGAGGCUAAGGAGGCUGAUGACAAGACCGAAGAUGAUUUUGUCCUGAGCUCUCAUCACCGCGAUGAUGAAUUCAACCCUGUGUUCGAUUCACCGGCGGCUUCCAAGUCCAACACAAUGGCAUCGCAACAAACUCCUACUGGUAAGACUGGAUUUGGUGACGAUAGUGACUUCGACACCAUGUCACAAAGCUUUGGUCUGGGCAAAUCCUCUCAAGCCAUGAACAGCUCUCACGAUUGGGAUGCUAUCUUUUCUGGGCUCGAAUCUUCAAAAGAUCAAUCAGCUCUCGGAGAGUCGAGUGGAUCGGGAUUCGCAUCCUUUGAUGCCCCUCCACCUAACGAAGGAACUAAAUUAAGCCAGCCUCCUCAACUUAGUCGUGCUCUCAGUGCCACAAGUGAACACGAUGAUCCGCUAGUGAAGCAAUUCACCAGCAUGGGCUUCCCGCGCUCUAAGGUUGUCCCAGCGUUGGAACAAUUCGAUUAUGACUCUCAGAAGACUGGCGAGUUUCUUGCCUCGGAGGCGAAGUAA